UCGAAAUUCCACUUUGUGGCGUAGGAAUGCCUGAAUCUGAAACACUUUCAAUGUCCACUCUUCCUGUUUUAAUUUGUAGUUUAAGGUGCAUCUGUAUGACUGUAAUGGGGUGAGAUAAAACAAACCCAGAAGAAAAAGCAUAAAGAAAGAGUAGUACUAGACAAUUAAGCUAGAAGGCAAAGUAAUAACGCUAGCACACUGCAGAGAGAAAGAGAGAGAGAGAGAGAGAGAGGGAAGAUGGAUGGAGAGCUAAAGGGGUUGAUCAAGGUAUGCCUAUCAGUUCUUGCAUCUCUAUCCUAUUGCCAUUUCAUUGUGUCAAAGAUCCCCAAAGGAAAGCUCAGACUCCUCUUCCUUGUACCAAUCUUGUGUAUUUUUACCCUCCUCCCGUCUCUUCUAUCCAGCGUUCAUCUCACAGCAGGUUCAUGCUUCCUCAUUACCUGGUUAGCUAACUUCAAGCUCAUCCUCUUCGCUUUUGAUCAAGGCCCCUUAGCAUCCCACCCACCAAAAUCAUUUCUCAGUUUUGUCUCCAUAGCCUUUCUCCCCAUCAAGAUCAAACAUGACGUUGACGUCCCAUCACCUACAAAUAAUUUAAAUCUCAAAUAUUGCAAAUCAAACCCAUCUCCUCCUCAUUUCACCAAAGGCAAAAGUGGUACCAAAUCACCUCUAAAAAAUUUAUCUAUAAAAGCCUUGCUCUAUGCAAUCUUACUCCGCAUCUACGACUACAAGCAAUAUCUGCAUCGUAACUUGGUCAUAACCCUUUAUUGCUGUCAUGUUUUUCUUCUGCUAGAAUUCCUUCUAGCUCCCGCUGCUUUCCUGGCUCGAGCUUUGCUGGGACAAGAGCUGGAGCCGCAAUCGGACGAGCCCUACCUUUCCACCUCCCUUCAAGACUUCUGGGGAAGGAGAUGGAAUCUCAUGGUCACCAGCAUUUUACGGCCUACCGUAUACGACCCUAUGCGGUCUCUUUCCGAGCGUGUCUUUGGGAGGAAGUGGGCAUCACUGCCGGCGGUGCUGGCCGCUUUCUUGGUGUCGGCCCUGAUGCACGAGCUCAUAUACUAUUACGCCACCCGUGCGGCUCCCACCGGCGAAGUCACGUGCUUCUUUUUGCUCCACGGGGUAUGCACGGCGUUGGAGACCGUUGUGAAGAACGCCGUUAAAGGCAGGUUGCAGUUGCACCGGGCAAUUUCGAGGGCGUUGACCCUUGGGUUCGUGGUGGCUACCGCCGUUUGGUUGUUGUUCCCGCCGCUGGUACGGAAUGGAACGGACACAACGGCGAUCUGGGAGAGCCGUGCUGUGAUAGCGUUUGUGAAGGAAAAGUUAGAGCUGAGAAUUGAGAAUUGAGACAUCAGCGUUGUGCCAUCAGUGGUGCGCAGAUAUCAUUCUGGUCGUAACAAGGAGGUAGGAGGAGUACUGCUGUACCGGAGGAGGAAUACUGGAAUAGUACUGGGGCUCCAGGCAAGCCCUAUACCACUAACGAGUAACGAUAACGGGCUCUUACUCCAACUUUCCAUGUUUUUUUUUUUUUUUCCCCUUAAUGUUGUUUGAUGUGUGUCAUCUUAAAAAUAAGGUGAAUACAUUUCUCAAUUUGCUUCAGAAAAAUUAAUAACUUAUUAUCUUUGGGAUAAAAUUACUUGGCGGACUUGUUACGCGUGCACACUCAAACUUCUUUUUCCUUGAGAGAAGACUCCUAUCUAAUACUGUCAUGUGCCGGGGGUUGCCACAUGGAAUAUUUCCAUGUGACUGUCAUGUGCGGUUUUAUUCUUUUUUUUUUUUUUUUUGUUUAGAUUUGGCUGCAACCAAUAUGUUACCGUUUGGUUU